AGUGGGCGAAUUUGAAUUCUGCGAGCCGUUGGAUGGGGCUGCGCCGGGUGGGCGUACGGCAGCGCAGCGCUAGACGCGGGCGGUCACGCAGCGGCCCUGGGACUCCGGCUCCGCGCCUGUAAAAUGAACAAAAAUAAACCUGAUAACUCAAAAAGUCUUGCUUGUGUUUUCUGUCGAAAACAUGAUGACUGUCCCAAUAAAUACGGAGAAAAGAAAACUUAUGAGAAAUGGAAUUUCAGUGUCCAUUACUACUGUUUGUUAAUGUCAAGUGGAAUUUGGCAGAGAGGUAAAGAAGAAGAAGGAGUUUAUGGCUUUCUGGUAGAAGACAUCAGGAAGGAGGUCAACAGAGCUUCUAAACUGAAGUGUACAGUUUGCAAGAAAAAUGGUGCUUCAAUUGGAUGUGUUGUACCCCAAUGUAAGCGAAGUUAUCACUUGCCCUGUGGACUUCAGAAAGAAUGUAUUUUCCAGUUUACUGACAAUUUUGCGUCAUUUUGCUGGAAACAUCGUCCGGUUCAAGCAAUUACAUCUAAGUAUAGAGACUCUCUACCAUGUACCAUCUGUUUAGAAUUUAUUGAGCCCAUUCCUUCUUAUAACAUACUGCAAAGCCCCUGCUGUAAGAAUGCUUGGUUUCACAGAGACUGUUUACAGGUUCAAGCAAUAAAUGCAGGAGUGUAUUUCUUUAGGUGUACACUAUGCAAUAAUACCGACAUCUUUCAGAAAGAGAUGUUGAGAAUGGGAAUUCAUAUUCCUGAAAAAGAUGCAUCCUGGGAAUUAGAAGAAAAUGCCUAUCAGGAACUGCUGCAGAGCCAUGACCGCUGUGACGUUCGAAGAUGUCACUGCAAAGAGGGGCGAGACUAUAAUGAACCGAAUAGCAAAUGGGAAGUAAAGCGCUGUCACUGUUGCGGUUCUAGUGGGACACACUUAGCCUGCUCCUCCCUACAGUCAUGUGAACAAAACUGGGAGUGUUUGGACUGUAGAAGAAUUAACUACAAUCCAGAUUUCCGAAGGGCCUCCAAACACCCAUUAGCCAACUCUACUAAUGUUACUGAUUGCCUGUUGGAAGAGUCCUCACCGAAGCUCCCCAGACAGUCACCUGGAGCCCAGCAUAAAGAAUUACUGAGGCAAGGCAACAAAUUUAGGAGAGAUAUUUCAACAAUAUUGGUAGAGUUAGGAGUCCAAAUUAAAAAGAGACCUAAGAGAUUUUACAUCAACAAAGCCAAUGUGUGGAAGAGUGCUCUAGAGCAGUUCCAAAGUCAGAACUUUAACCCUUCCUGCACCAUUGAAGUAGUGUAUGUCAAUGAAAAUGAUAAAUUCGGAAGAGAGCAUCCUGGAUCAAAGCAGGAAUUUCUGAGUCACUUAAUGCAACAUCUUGAGACUUCACCUUUGUUUGAAGGGCCUUUGUCAAAGAACUUGACUCUAAAUUCUCAAGCUCUGAAAGAGAACCUUUACUAUGAAGCUGGCAAAAUGCUUGCCAUUUCUUUAGUUCAUGGUGGCCCUGCACCUGGUUUCUUCUCUGAAACUUUGUUUAACUGUCUUGCUUAUGGACCAGAAAAUACUCUUCCAAUAUUGGAUGAUGUUUCAGACUUCGAUGUGGCACAAAUUAUAAUCAAGAUAAAUACGGCAGCCAAUUUGAACAGUUUGAACUCAGUAGUAAACGAGUGCUAUAGCUACCUAGAAGUUAUUGGAUGUUUAAGACUUAUAUCGACAUUGAGUGAUAAAUACAUGCUGGUAAAAGACAUCCUUUUCUACCAUGUAAUUAAGAGAGUCCAAGCACCCUUUGAGAGUUUUAAGCAGGGUCUGAAAACGCUUGGUGUUUUAGAGAAAAUUCAAACUUACCCAGAAGUAUUUUAUAACAUCCUUUGUCAUAAACCUGAGAAUCUUUCUGCAAAAAUCCUUAGUGAUCUUUUCACAAUCCAGGGAUUACCAGAUGUACAAGCUUUGAGAUUUUGGAACAGUUACUUACAGGCUAUAGAAGAUGGUAAAUUGGCAACAACAAUGGAAGACAUUCUUAUUUUUGCAACCGGAUGUAGUUCCAUCCCACCUGCUGGAUUUAAGCCCCCUCCUUCAAUUGAAUGUCUGCAUAUGGAUUUUCCUGUUAGAAACAAAUAUAACAACUAUUUAGCUCUACCAAUCACCAACACAUAUAAAGAGUUUCAGGAAAAUAUGGAUUUUGCCAUAAAAGACACUCUAAGACUAGAAAAGGAAGAAGAGUCUCACUCACUCCCUUAGACAUUAAAGGAUUCUUCUAAUGAAGAAAUGCUUCUUUAAAGGCUGCUAUUGAUAACUGUAUCUAUUAAUCACCACUUUUGAACAUUCUGGCCAGCUUCUUGGCUCAAUAAAAUCUAUGUGUCUUCUAAAGGGAUGUUUUGGCUUCUGAACCACGGAGGGUUUGGUCAGGACAUUCUGGUCGUAUUUGGUAAUAGCUUUCUCUUACUGCGCUUUCUUCAUGAUGUCAGUGUAAAUAGUUUUCAAAUGGUUGUACAAACUGUUCGGCUGUACAGGUGCUCAGUUAUAUCAGCACGACAUAAGGAAAACCCGUUUCCUCACUUUUCAAGUUAGAAUUACAGUUACAGAAUGAAUGACACAGCUUUUUCAUUUUUCGUUUUUU